UGCAUUUCUCAUCAAUCCCAAAUUGUAAAGCAUUCAAAUUUGAAGCUUUGCGAGAUUCUAAAUUGCAAAGCAUUCAAAUUUUUCUUGUGGAUUUGGGUUUGAAGCUUUGCGAGAUGGUUUGACAAAGAGCUUAGUUCCGGGGAGAGAGCUUCCUCCGAGUUCUUUCACGGCGGCGAUGGUUGCCUAAGCAAAUGCCACGUGGAUCAGUGCAAGAUAAGGCUAUCUCUAACCCAUAACCAAAAUUGAGCUAAAUCGACGUCACUGUUCUCAGAUUGACGAGAAAAUCUCUAAAGUUUCAAUUUUUUUCUCUGAUUCGUCUUCUCAAGCUACAAAAUGGCUUCCAUCUCUGCAACUUUGCCACCGACAUUGCUACUUACUCAGAGAAAAUCCAAUCUCACAUCAAUUCAGAAGCUCCCAUUUUCUCUAAUUCGAGAGAAACGAAACCAUGGCAUUGCUCUUAUGGUGAAAGCUACUAGAGAAAGUUCAGAGUCAUCAUCGACUGAUCUCAACGUCGUUAGUUCGAUUCAGAAUGUUUGGGAUAAGUCUGAAGAUCGUUUAGGUCUUAUUGGUUUGAGUUUUGCUGCUAUCGUAGCUCUUUGGGCUUCACUAAACUUAAUCACGACAAUCGACAAAUUGCCUGUUAUAUCGACUGGAUUCGAACUAGUUGGAAUAUUGUUUUCUACGUGGUUUACAUAUCGAUAUCUCUUGUUCAAACCGGACAGAGAGGAGCUAUCACAAAUCGUCAAGAAAUCAGUAGCGGAUAUACUUGGCCAGUAAUCGCUUCUGUGAUGAUUUUGUGUCUGUAAUAAGAGUGUGACAUGACAUAUUUUGUUAUCUCUGCUCCAGUUUCAUGUAUUGAACCUGUAAAUACUGUAAUUGUGGGUUUUGGUUGCUGUUUCUUGUAAACAAGUUAAUCGUUUCAUACAAGACAUCAAGAUUAUAUACAAAAGAUGUUUUAGCGUUAAUACAAAA